UUUUCUCUUCAUUGCGAGAACUCACUGUCCGUUUUAUGGCCGUAACUCUUGUCCAUACGAUGUCCUAGCUGUUUCAGGUCGUGAGACGGUCUUUUUGAUGAAUGUCAAUAUAAUCUCUUUGGAAAUCAUCACGUAGGAGUCAGGGAGAGAGGGAGAGAGGGAGAGCGAGAUGGUGAAAAAAUAACAAGGAAUUCCAAUCAAAAAAAUGUAAGAGGAUUUUUAUUUAGCAGCCAGUGAAAAGAGAUUAGUGCGACAGCAGUGGAAGUUAAAUUGUGCUGCAUAUAAAAUGGGCGGGCUUGUCUUUAUAUUAGGUCUGCACAGCCUAUUCUAAAAUUAAAUAGUCUGCGCUUGGACAUAGUCUGUUUGCUGUGCGCUUUAUUUACAGAUACGGUCGGUGAACAGCAAUAAUUUGGAGAGGGAUGUCGGUACACAGACCAGAUUUGGUAGUUUAGCAGAAGAUUUCUCCUUUUUUUCUUCUUUGCUGCUGACAGACUGAGAGUUGAACUCACUACGGCACCACCAAUGAACAGUGAGAGAGACCUGCGCAUAUCGUCAGCAGCCGCUUCUCCAGCCUCAAGCUAAAAUUCGUCAGAUCUGAGAUCACAGAGGAUUUUUUCUCAUUCAGUCCGGCUAGAAAAGCUAUUCUUAAAAGUUUGAGGAUAUAGGCAGCGGGCAACGAAUAUACCCCGACUCAUCAGCUCAGUGAAAGGUCUUCAUAUUGCAACCAUGUGUGGACGGAGCCGGACGCUCUUUCUGUAUCUGUGGGCUUGCUUGCUUUUUACCAACAGCGUACUGUUUGGGAAAAGCUCUGGGCAGAACGGCAUGACAGAUCAACAGAAAGAUAACACUACAGUCUUCACAAAGAUCUUAGACAGCCUUCUGGAUGGCUAUGACAAUCGCCUCAGGCCAGGACUAGGAGAGCGUGUAACUGAAGUCAAGACUGACAUUUUCGUGACUAGUAUUGGGCCAGUUUCGGACCAUGACAUGGAGUACACAAUUGAUGUGUUCUUCAGACAAAGCUGGAAGGAUGAAAGAUUAAAGUUCAAAGGCCCCAUGGCUGUGCUACGUCUCAACAACCUGAUGGCCAGCAAGAUCUGGACCCCCGAUACUUUCUUCCACAAUGGCAAAAAGUCAGUGGCGCACAACAUGACCAUGCCAAACAAGCUUCUGCGAAUUACAGAGGAAGGCACACUACUUUAUACCAUGAGGCUUACAGUAAGAGCAGAAUGUCCUAUGCAUCUAGAGGACUUCCCUAUGGAUGCUCAUGCUUGUCCAUUGAAGUUUGGCAGCUAUGCCUACACUAGAGCUGAGGUGGUGUAUGUGUGGACUAGAGGGGCUGCCCAGUCUGUAGUGGUGGCAGAGGAUGGAUCCAGAUUAAACCAGUAUGAUCUGAUGGGGCAGAGUGUGGAUUCUGGUGUGGUCCAGUCCAGCACAGGAGAAUAUGUUGUGAUGACAACCCACUUCCACCUGAAGAGGAAAAUUGGUUACUUUGUGAUCCAGACAUACCUACCCUGCAUCAUGACAGUUAUCCUCUCCCAAGUGUCUUUCUGGCUAAACAGAGAAUCUGUCCCUGCCAGGACUGUCUUUGGAGUGACAACUGUGCUGACCAUGACCACACUGAGUAUCAGUGCCAGGAACUCUCUCCCUAAAGUGGCCUAUGCCACAGCUAUGGAUUGGUUCAUUGCUGUCUGCUAUGCCUUUGUCUUCUCAGCCCUCAUUGAAUUUGCAACAGUCAACUACUUCACCAAGAGGGGUUACGCUUGGGAUGGAAAAAGUGUGGUGCCAGAGAAGCAAAAGAAAAAGAAGGAAUCCCUCCUUAAGAAGAACAACACUACGGCCUACCCAGCUGCCACUGCUACAGCCUUCGCCCCCAAUAUUGCCAGGGACCCUGGAUUGGCUACUAUCGCUAAGAGCGCCCCACCACCCCCAACUGAGCCUAAGGAGGAGCCAAAGCCCAAGCCUCCAGAGGCCAAGAAGACCUUUAACAGUGUGAGCAAGAUAGACAGGAUUGCCAGAAUAGCCUUCCCUCUGCUCUUUGGAACCUUUAACUUGGUCUACUGGGCGACCUACUUGAAUAAGAAGCCCAAAUUGCAGGGGGCCAAUCCACACUAAUCAAGUUUUUCAUUCCUUUUAAACUAUACCUGUAAUUAUUUCAUUUUCUUAUUCCUAUAAACAGUGUUUAUUUUCAGACAACAUGGUGUCCAUGCUGGUUUCCAAUUCCCAGUUGUUGCAUUGCUUCUAUGUUGAACAAAAUUUUGAAGAUUUUGAAAAAACGAAAUAUAGGAAAAAAAAAACCCGAAAACAAUACAAACUUUUGAAAGAGUGUUGUUCAGGUCUGGGAUGAUGCUACUAGGAAAAUGCUACUUUAAAUAUAUAGCCAAGAGAAUGCUAUUCUACAACUGCACAUAGCUCAAACUUAUGGAGAGGCAUGUUUUUGUUGAUUUAUUUGUUACCUUUUAUUUGAUUCUACUUCAUUUAAACAUAGAAUCACAGAUACAGUGGGCAUUUGUGUAUAUGCAUGGACAGGACAUCUUAUAAUUUGUAUUUAUUUAUUCAAAAUACAACUCAUCAUUGACUGUUGGCUUGGUUUAUUUGACAUCAGCAGCAAAAUGCUACAGUCAGUCUCUUUCCAAAUAUCUUCCAUUGUUUGUAGAUGUUUUAUGAGCCUAAUUAUACCAUUUUCCAUAAUAUGUUAGGACUUCUGCAAUAGCAAUAAAACAUGUCUCAGUGGACACACCAUUUAUUUAGAGAUCAAAAGAUACAAAGAUUCAAUCAUGGUUGUGAUCAACAUUGAAAAAAAUAUAGUAAGUUAUUUUCACAGCAUUGUAAAUAUCAGGUGUUACAGAUGUCAGUAUUAUGUUUAGGCUUUGCAAAGUGUAACUAAAGGGUAAUUGUACACAUGGAGAGAAAAAACUUUUUUGGAUUAAUUUGUUAUUGUUUCCUCUUUAUGAUACUUUCUACAAAAAAAGAGUAUAUAAUGGUCUAAUUCAUGCUUAAGUGACUGUUUUUCGCCAAGUUAAUGUUCCAUUCAAAGCUGCUUUUACAUUGGAUUAAAAUAUUAAACUGUGUGCUUGUGUACACAUUGACGGCAACAACAUCAACAACAAAAUCAGUGGUAAACUGACAUUGGCUAGUUACGAAUAAGAAUGUAAAAAAAAAUAUAUCACAAAUCAUGGAGUGCAUUAGAUUUAGAAAUAAAACACUCAUUACCUAUGUAAUUUUGUUUUUGUUUUUUGGGGGUUUUGACUACUUAUGGUGGGGCCUCCUUUGUCAGAAACACCAUUGGUAGGAAAGUUCGGUUAGCAUCAAUUGAAAAAAAGGGGCAGGGGCACAUUGAGAGGGAGAAGUGCCUUUUCCAUUUUCAGAGUUGAAGCUGUGAAGGCUGUUACUUUGGCGAUUGACGGCACAUCUGUAUUUUCCAUCCCACUGUGUCCCCUGACCAUUUUUACCAUAUUCAACCCCAUCCCCAUUCAGUUAAAUAUUGAGACAUAACACUCAGAAAGUACCAGCUACACUGCCUUCAGUAUCACAUGCCCGUUAGGACUCAUUUGUUGCUGCUUGUUGGUGAGCAACAGCGAGAGACAGGGACAGAGACAGAAAGGGACAAAAGAGAAAGGAGACAUUUAGGUGAAGUGGCAUUGUAAGCUUACUUUAGCCAGCGCUGUGUUUCACACAGAGGAAUUGUCUUGUAGUUCUACGAUAGUGACAAAGAUGAAUCUAUUUUUGUAGCAUGAUGUCAAUUCCUCUUCCGAGAAAAACCAACAGAAAUUAACGCCAGUGUGAAAAGAAUGCUUUUGUUUUUGUAUUGAAAAUUGCUUGCUACCUUCAUUUCUUUAAAAAACACACACUCUUUAGGAAAAUGCUCCUUCUCUGACGUGGCAUGUUAAGGUUUCUGAACAGUCCAAUUUAAAUUAUGUUAAUGUAGCAAUAUUAAUUAGCAAGGGCUUUUCUUAGGACCUGAACCUGACACUCAGUCUGGAGUUGAUAUCCAUUGUAGCUUUACACUGACCCCUCUCUACUUGUAGUUUCAUCUGUAUGCUGUACUUGGAAAUUUAUUCUAUUUAGAUUUGGUUAAAGCAAACAGGCAUCACAUUGUGUGUCCAUGCUGGGUUCUAAAGCCUUUGGCUCGCACUCAAACUGUGUUUGAUGAAGAAUCAAGAGUGCUGGUGCAUUGCGUCACAUUACUGAUUCAAUGUCUUUUGCUGAAUAUAUUUUACAGGGCACUAAACAGGCCAAAGGGCAAAUUAGAAAUGUGCAGAAUUCUCUGUGUGCUUGUGCACUGAGGUGAAAAGAUCAUGCUACUACCAGAGGGAAUCAAAAAGAGAUUGGUUGCUGUUGCUAUUGUUAUUAUUUGCAUUAUCAUCAUAACCAAUAUGGAAUCUAUCCCCUUAUAGCAGACAUCUUUACAAGCAUAUGCAAGCAGUCUACUGUUCACAGCCACUUAACCUACAAGCAGAGGGUCAUGGAACUGCAAAGUUCAGGGUGAAGAGUUGUAUAAAGAUAUUUGAAUUCUAAACUAUUGUAUGUAUGUUUAAUAUCAUAAAGAAAAUCUAUAUAUAUAUAUACAUAUGUAAAAUACUUAAUGCAUAUAGUAUUUGAUUCUAUCAAUGAAGAUAUUAGCUAAGAUGAUGAUGAAUAUUGUUUGUAUUAUCAACCUAUUGUUAUGCAUUUUGCACAUUUAGAACAAUAACAUUACAUUUAUGUAGUCAGCUUCGUGCUAUGCAAGGACAGCUUUGAACCACAUCACUGACCUUCUUUCCCUGACCAUUGUGCUUCAGAUUUACAAGCUAUUACUACAAAAAAAGGAAAAAAAGCUUAGCUUUUAUAUCAGCUGUGCACCCAUUAGCAUUUUUUCUUUUUUUUUUCUCCAACCAUGGCUAUACAGGGUGACAUCAAAGAAAACAGUGGAUUAUCUCUUUUGUUUGCGCUUUGGAUUUGUCAGUGGUUGAAGGGAAAAUGGCUUUCAUUGUUGAUUGCACUUUUUCUCCAGAGACAUGCAAUAAAGUGAUUGAACUGGAAAACCAGGAGCAAAACCGUAACCUUGUAAAAAAAAAUUUCUGUUAAGUUCUUGAGCUUAUUUGUCAUUCUAAAAAUGGAGGCGGGUGAAAAUGUUACUUUACUAAAUAGAUCAUUUUGUUUUUCUUUUGCUUUCCAAAGCUCAGUGAUAUUACAGGAAGCAACAGUGAGUUUUGUUUCAAGUUUGUAAAGCCCCGAGUUCUACUCCAAGCAGAAUGAAACAAAGGAUCAUUUCCAAAUAUUUUUGAACGUGGUCUGUCUAGGUAAUGCUCCAGAGAGAAUGUGAAAUAUGAGGCACAGUGCAAUCAUGAGCUUCCAACCUUUACCCUUACACUCAUAGGCAGAGCAUACAUGUAAAUAUCACAUCGGUAGGCACAUCAGUCAUUGAUUUCAUUGUUUGAUGCAGUUCUCAGCAGCACUUGCUGUUCAACAUUGAGUCUUUGGUUAUUCCUAGAUACCUACUGGAGUUUUUCUUGUAUUUUUAUCAAACAAAAUAUGUUCUGAUUUUCACUGAAAUGUAAAAAAAAAAAUAAUUUUCUAAAGCACAAAAGUUGACUAGGGUAGGAGAGAUAAGAAUGACACUAUACAUAUGGACAUCAAGGAACAAACACAAAAUGCACACAAGCUCACAAACCUACAUACAGUUCAUGCUGGCAGUUCAAUGAUACUGACAAAAGGUUCUGGUGGAUGUAGAUGAACUGGUGAAUCUUCUGUAAAUGUUUUGUUUCUUUUGGUUAUGAUAUGGCCCUGUAAAAUCUGAUUCUCUGCAUUAGUCUUUAAAUAAAAAGAAAACAAACUAAUGUCAUGGCUAUA